UGUCCGUUUGGGAGUGGCCUCUGUAGUAAUAGUCCAGCCCCCUGAAAACAAACCAUAUUUUUAAUAGCAAUCCAGUAUAGAUAUGGCGGAGUUGUAACUUUUGAGUAUACAAUAUUUUUCCGAACCGGUUCUAAGCGUUGAAAGAUGUUACAGAUGUGAUCGCCUACAGUCCAAGAAAUCAGUGGAACUCGGUCAGAUAAACUGGGAUUUUUCAAUAGAAACAGCUGCCUACUGCUACUCCUACAGACUACAUUGGUUCAACGUCGUAUAACGAUACAUAAUUCGUCCAGUUUCGUCUGAGAACAUGGGCCCAGAAGGAAAUGUUUGAAGGAGGUACCUGUGAUUUCUAGGAAGACUGCAGGGUGGAACUUCCAGUAUGGAGGCCACCAACAUACUGCCCAUUCUGAAGAAACGACUAGCUUUCUUGUCAGGAGGCAAGGACAGACGCAGUGGGCUGAUCCUAACCAUUCCACUAUGUACAGAACAGACUAGUAUGGAGGAGCUCAGCUCCACGUUGGACUACCUCCUCGGCAUCCCCAGUGACAAGUGCAAAGCAAGAGGCUUCACAGUCAUCGUGGAUGGACGAAGGUCCCAGUGGAACAUUGUGAAGACGGUGGUACUGAUGUUGCAGAACGUGAUUCCAGCAGAGGUGUCUCUGGUGUGUGUGGUGAAGCCUGAUGAAUUCUGGGACAAGAAGGUCACUCAUUUCUGCUUCUGGAAGGAGAAGGACAGACUAGGCUUUGAGGUUAUUCUGGUGUCUGCCAAUAAGCUCACACGCUACAUCGAGCCCUGUCAGCUGACUGAUGAGUUCGGAGGAAGUUUAGUGUAUGAUCACAUGGACUGGGUGAACAAAAGACUGGUCUUUGAGAAGUUUACCAAAGAGUCCACGUCCCUUCUAGAUGAGCUGGUGGUCAUCAACGAGAGUGAGAAAAGCAACCAAUUAGACAAAGAAAGGCCACCAGAUUGUAACUUCCUACCAUCAGUUGAUCCUGAAACAGUUCUACAAACCGGCCACGAGUUGCUGUCGGAGCUGCAGCAGCGGAGGUUUAAUGGGUCAGAAGGAGGUGGUGUGGCCUGGUCCCCCAUGGAUGAUGAGCUACUGGCCCAGCCACAGGUCAUGAAGCUGCUGGACUCCCUCAGGGAACAGUACACCAAGUACCAGGAGGUGUGUCGCCAACGCAGCAAACGAUCCCAGCUGGAGGAGAUACAGACCAAGGUCAUGCAGGUUGUGAAUUGGCUGGAGGGGCCUGGCACAGAGCAGCUCCGAACACAGUGGGGGAUCGGAGAUUCCAUCAGGGCCUCACAGGCCCUGCAGCAGAAACACGAGGAGAUAGAGAGCCAACACAGCGAGUGGUUUGCGGUAUACGUGGAGCUGAACCAGCAGAUAGCAGCGUUAUUGAGUGCUGGAGACGAGGAGGCUCUAGUGGAGCUGAAGGGUCUACAGCAGCAGCUCAGUGAUGUCUGCUACAGACAGGCCAGCCAACUGGAGUCCAGGCAGAACGUACUGCAGUCAGCACACGAGUUCCACGGCACUGCACAGGAUCUGUCCCAGCAACUGGAUGGUCUACUGGGCAUGCUCUGUGCAGACAUGGCCCCUGCUGACGGAGCUGCCAUCCAACAAACACUCAAACACCUCGAGGAGAAACUCAAGAGCGUUGAGGGAGCCCUUGCAGGCCUGAGGGAGAAAGGUCAGGUCCUGAUGGAUCAGAUGUCCAACCAGACGACCUGGUCCUAUGGGAAGGACGUUCCCAUCGAGAACAAAGAAAACAUUGAUCACAUCCAAGGAGUCAUGGAGGACAUGCAACUCCGGAAACAAAGAUGUGAAGACAUGGUGGAUGUGAGGAGACUGAAGAUGCUUCAGAUGGUCCAGCUGUUCAAGUGUGAGGAAGAUGCAUCACAGGCGGUGGAGUGGCUUGGCGAGCUGCUGGAUGCUCUCCUGAAGACCCACAUCAGGCUAGGGGACGAUGCACAGGAAACCAAAGUGCUGCUGGAGAAACACAAGAAAUUUGUGGAUGUUGCACAGAGCACCUAUGACUACGGCCGUCAGCUGCUUCAGGCGACGGUGGUGUUGUGUCAGUCUCUACGCUGCACCACGCGCUCCUCUGGUGACACCCUGCCACGCCUCAACCGGGUCUGGAAACAGUUCUCUGUCACCUCUGAGGAGAGGGUCCAUCGGCUGGAGAUGGCAUGCUCUUUCCACACUGCAGCUGAGAAGGUGCUGGUCCAAGCCAGCCCAGAGCAGGGUGAUCUCCGAGUGGAGGUGGAGCAGGAGACCUAUGAGGAGGUAGAGACGGUGGGGAAGGCUCUACUGGACAGACUCACUGUCCCUGUUAUAUUCCCAGAUGGGAGUGAGCAGUACUUCGGCAGCCCAGGAGACAUGGCGUCCUCUGCUGUACACAUCCGGGACAAGAUGAAGCUGGUGGAGGACAGGAAACUGACUCUGCACGAGGAAGAUGAAGACUUUGAGCAGCUACAGUAUGAUCAGAUACAUGACCAGGAUGAAGAACUACAAGAUGAUGAAGACCUACAAGAUGACCAAGAACUACCAGAAGUGGACAAAGAACUACAAGAUGGAGAGGAACUGGAACUGGAGACGAACACUCAGAAAAGCUAAUGGAGCACCUUUAACAGCUAACCUAGUUCCAGAUCAGUUUGUGGUGUCUCGACAAAUCAUAUGGCCAUUGGUGUGGCAAUCAUAGGAGUUUACAAGACAGCAUAAACAAAUCUGGGACCAGGCUACGAAACAGCAGCAGCCAGCAGUACACCAGAGAUUCAGGACAGGAAAGAACACAUUUUUACAUUUUAGUCAUUUAGCAGACGCUCUUAUCCAGAGCGACUUACAGUUAGUGAGUGCAUACAUUU